CCUGUUUGAAAUUUUCUUUUUUUAACAAUUCGUUCGGAUUUAAUUUCGAUAUUAUAAUUACACGCUGGACAAACGAUUUUAUAAUAAUAAUUUAGAACGAACGUCAUGUCAAUAAAACCGAAAGCGAUCAACAUAACACUACUUGUACGCGUUCACCGUCUUAAUAGUAAUAAUAAUGACAUGUUGUCAUAAAAAAUUGACGUUGCGGGUAAAAAUCGCAUGCAUAUAAAUAUCGUCGAAUGAAGACCGACGGUACGUACCUAUAAACACGGUUUAUGUAUUACGACUGAAUGUUCCUGUCGGCCGAUAAUGUAAUAUUGAUAUGUUCGAAGGAUAAAACGCAAAUAACGCUUACGUUCGCAAAACAGCGCGAAGGGCACGUGCUAAUUGGGCAAUGUUGCUAAACCGUAACGAAACAAAUAGGCAGUAAUAAACGAUCGUUUAUCAGUUGAAAUAAAAUGAACUGUUACCUGAACUUGAAGAAAUAACCGCUCGCGGUGUUGAUAACACCGUGUUAUCUACGGACAUAAUGUAUAUGGUAUAUUAAUUAUGUAAUUUCCGUGUAAAUCCCAUAGAGUAAGAAUCUAUGGCGCGGACUAAGAUCCAUCUAUAUCUCACUGUAUCUUUGUCCGUGCUCUAUGGUAAAUCCAUAAAUACCGUGGUCUACGCGUAAAUCUUUGGCGUUAUCACAGAAUUAUAAUUCUAUGAUUUUGUUAUCAUCAAUAUCAAAAAUUCAAAACCGGCUAACCAGUAAGUAGUUGUCGUGCUCGAACUCUCGUAUAGCCGAAGACAUCAAUUGAGAUAUCCCCGAGGUAUACAUAAAAUUUACUAUACGUCUUAAAUCGCGGUCGAAAAUUCAAAAUGUUAUAUACCGCUGUUGAAUUUCUUGAAUAAAUUAUUUUCUACUUGUACUGUGUCUCUACGUAUACCCGUAAUACAAUUUUUUGUUCGAUUUAACCGUUGAGUAGAAGCAAAGUACCGGUGAUAUUAUGUCAUAAUUAUUUACAUAUAUAAUUCGCAUACCUAUUCGUUUUUAUGAUAUUUCAAAUAUAUAUUUUCGAUGUCGGGUCAAAUUAAACCAAUAAAUAAAUUGGAUGUGCAUAAAAUAUGUUCAGGACAGGUGAAUGACACAGAUUGUGUACAUUUUCAUAGUUUAAAAACCCAUAUUAUAUUAAAAUAAACAAUUUUUUAAGGUCGUAUUAAACUUGGCUACAGCUGUAAAGGAAUUGAUAGAAAACAGCUUAGAUGCUGGUGCUACAUCGGUCGAGUUACGACUAAAAGAAUUUGGUAAAGAUUCUUUAGAAGUAACUGAUAAUGGAGCUGGAAUUCAUCCUGACAAUUUUGAAGGCCUUGGUAUGAUUAGUGUUAAUUAAUAAAUACAAUAUUUUGAAUUAUUUAUUUUUAUCUUCAGCUUUGAAACACCAUACGUCCAAAAUUCAAGAUUUUGCCGACUUAAGUUCCGUGGAAACAUUUGGUUUCCGCGGAGAAGCAUUGAGCUCAUUAUGUGCUCUAAGUAAUGUAACAGUGACUACUAGACAUUCAUCACAAGAGUGUGGUACUAAGCUUUUAUUUGAUCAUGAAGGAAAUAUUAAAUUCAAAGUCCCAAUUGCUAAACAAGUAUCUAUAAUAUUAUCACUUUUUUUAUUUGUAUAAACCUAACAUGAUUUACUCGGUUAUCAGAAAAAAGCCACGAAAAAAAAACAAUCUGUAUGCUUUGUACUUUUAAUUUUUUUUUUUUUGUUUACCCCCGACCAACUAUUCAUUUUUUCAUCAGAAAAAUUACUAAAGUUAAAAUUAAGUUGAAUAAAGUUUUUAGUAAAAAUAAAAACAAAAAAAUACACUUUUACAAUAAAUAUUAAUCAGUAAUAAAAAAUUGUUCUAUAAGGCAUCUUACUGAUGCCUGUACUAAUUUGUUUACUACCAUAAUAAUAAUAUUUUCAUAGUGUACCCCAAAGUGCAGUUUCUUCUCCUGUCCCAUAUACAUAUACAUUGUGGACUAAUCUACCACCCCACUCAGCACUGUAGCUGAAUUUGCAGAUGAAAAAAUUAUCUUUAUUUUGCAUAUGCAUACUCUAAAUGGAAAAUAAAAAUCAACAACAAAAAGUCCUCACAUAUUAUCUGUGCUCUUAAACAAAACAUAGUUCCCUCAGUAGUUCUGAAUAAUAAAAUCAUUCUUUAAACCUCAAAUGCCAUUAGAUAAAAGAUUAACUUGGGCAGAACAUAUUAAACAAAAACAGAUUCAAUUCAACACCAGACGUAAGUCUCUCUAUAUGCUUGGAAAUCAUUCUAAAAUUAGCCUAAAAAACAAACUUCUAUACAAAACCUUACUAAAACCAAUGUUGUCUUAUGGUAUCCAACUAUGGGGUGCUGUUAAGAAAACAAAUAUAAAUAAAUACAAACAUGCCUUUCUAUGUAUCGAACCGACUUAAACAUUUAAACUGUCUCAGAGGUUACAAAAUCGACUUAAAAGAUAUUUUGCUUCCAACUGUCAAACCAUUCAAAUCCCUCGAUCCUUGCCCUUGACUCUGCCAAUCUCCCUGGAAACCCAUUAAGAAGGCUUAACAGAACCUGGUGUAAAGACAUAAAAUACUCUUCAUAAGUACUACUAUUGGGUAGUUCCUUAAAUUAAGCCAUUUAUGUACAAAAUAUAUUUUCUAAUCACAAAUGCUUAAUGUAAAAUACCACUUAAAGGUUGUAUAUUUUCAAAUAAAAAAAUAAAUUUUUAAAUUUUAAAUUUAUUAAUUAGUUGUUAAAUAUAUUAUAUUUGUAUUCAAUAUAAAAUAAAUUAAAAAAGGUUGGACAAUUUAUUUUUACUUUUUAAAAGUAUCUUGCAAAAUGUAACUAAAAUAUAUUUUCAGGUUGGAACGGCUGUUAAUUUGUCUAAUUUAUUCUCUUCGCUACCAGUAAGGCAUAAAGAGUUUCAUCGAAAUUUAAAAAAAGAGUUUGGAAAAAUGAUCCAAGUGGUAACUGGUUACUGUUUAGUUGCUACUCAAGUGAAGUAAUUCAUUAUUUUAUUGAUAAUGAUUUAUGUAUUAUAUUUGGGUAAAUAUAAAUAUUUAUUUUUUUAGAAUGUCAUGCACCAAUCAAACAAAAUCGACUAAUAAUGUUCUUCUUUCAACACAUGGUAGCAAUACUGUAUUGGAAAACAUAUCAUGUAUUUAUGGUUCCAAACAGGUAAGUCAUUUCUACAUUAAUAAGUGUAAUUUUGCUUUAUCAGUUCAAUUUAUUACUUCACAGGCCAAUAGCUUGUUAAUUUUGAAAAAAGUUAUUCCUGAAAACGAUGACAAUGAUAUGGCAUAUAUGUUCGAACUUGAUGGUUAUGUAUCUAGUUGUGACCACAGUAGUGGUAGAAGUUCUAAAGAUAGACAAUUUUAUUUUAUUAACUCGAGGCCAUGUGAACCAUUAAAGGUAUUCAUAAUUCAAAUUAUCAACUUUCUUAGAUGUAUGAUAUUGUACAAAAACACUGAAAUCAAAAAUCUCAGUAUCGAUAAAAUUUAAAAAAAAUUUAAUAAUAUUUAAUACUUUAAGGUUGUACGAGCAGUUAAUGAAGUCUAUCAUCAAUAUAAUCAGAGUCAAUAUCCAUUUGUUUACUUAAAUAUAACAAUUGCAAGAGAUGAAGUAGACAUUAAUGUGACACCCGAUAAAAGACAAAUUUUUUUGUCCAACGAAAAUUACUUAGUUUCAUUAGUAAAAGUAAGUAAUUCAUAUUUGUUCAUAAUAUAUUAUUAUUAAUUAUUUAUUUUAUUUUAAGGCAAGUUUAAAUAAAUUGUAUGAAAAUAUCCCAUCUACUUAUAAGAUUAAUACAUUGUUAUAUGAUUCAAUAUCAACUAAGAGACCUUGUGAAUCAAGUACAGAAAGCAUGGAAUGUAAACGUAAGAAAAAUAGUUAUUUAUAUUUUAUAAAAAAAUCAUACUGUACACAUUAAUAUUAAAUAUAUUCAUACUAUUCUUACUAUUCUUAUUUCAAUAAUAAUCAUUUUAUUACCACUAUAAAAUAACUGAUAUAAACUAUUUUUAUAUAUAUAUAUAUAUAUAUAUAUUUCAGAAAUUAAGUUAGAUGUAAGUAAUGAGUAUGAAAGUAAAGAAUACAAAAGUAAAGAAACAUUCAUUAGCCACUCAGACCAAAUUAAAGCUAAACUUAAUAAAUGGAAAUCGAAUAGUUCUAAAGCAGAUGUUGUAAACACUAUGGACAAAUUUCUAAAAAAAGAAGUUGAGUCUAUCUAUAAUGAACAGAAUGACAAUGAAAAUGUUGAAGAAAAUAAAGUAUCCAAUAUUAAAAUUAUUGAAACUAAUGACAAAGAGCAAAUUACUAUUGAAGUAGAACAAGAAAGUUUAAAAGUUGAAGAAAAACAAAUUAGACCAUCUAUUAAUAAUUUGGAUAGUCAUGAUAUUGAACUCACUUUUGUUGAUCAUUCAAAUUAUAAAAAAGAUGCUAUUGUAGACCAAGAAUAUGAUUUGGAAAAUGUUACUGAGAAAUCGGACAAUAAGGAAAACUUAAACAUGCAUUCAAAACAUGAAGAGAAAUCUAUAUAUAAUAUUAAGAAUAUGAAAUUUAACUAUAGUUCAUCGAAAAUAGAAACUGAAAUGAUAGAAAUAGACACAUCUCAAGCACCUGAAAAUAGAAAAUGUGUUGUAGUGGAAACUAGUAUCAAGCAAAUUAGACAGAGGUUGAAAAUUUUAUCAUCUCAAAUACCUGAAAAACAAAAAAUGAAAACACGAUUUUAUGCAACUAUUGACCCAAAUAAAAAUCAACAAGCUGAAAGUGAAUUAAGUAGAGAAAUUUCUAAGGAUAUGUUCUCUCAAGUAAGUAAAAAUUAUUAGUUUUACUAUGAUAGUGGUUUUUUAUAUGUAAACACAUUUUCAAUGUGAAAAAUAAUUGUUCCAAUCAUUAACUUCAGGGUAUUUUCUUAUUGGAUAGAGUUUGUGCAUUAGAGAAGUUAUUUUUAAUGUUCCUAAUAAUUGAGUAGAACUCAAAAAGAAAAAAAAAAUGAAAUAUUUACUCAACAAAAACUUUUGCUAAAUUGAUUUUGAUUUGUUGUAAUUCUGUAGGAAAUUGUCUGAAACCUUCACUUAUAAAAUUGAUUCAAGUUUCAUCAUAAUUUGUUCUUCUACAUUAAUUAUGACUGAACUCUGUUAAGAAUCGUUUUUUCAUUAACAAUGAUUAAUCAUUGUAUACAAAAAUACAUUAAAUUCUCCUUUACAUACUACUGUACCAACUUCUCACUUACAAUAGUGGUCCACCCAUCGUGUGAAAGUUUUUUUUUCUAUAAAUACAAUACUUAAUAUUUUUGAUAUUACCUUACAGAUGACUAUUGUUGGACAAUUCAAUUUGGGUUUUAUUAUUACAAAACUUGAUGCAGAUUUAUUUAUAGUUGAUCAACAUGCUAGUGAUGAAAAAUACAACUUUGAAACAUUACAAAAGACAACAAAAAUUACAAGUCAAAAAUUAGUGGUGUGAGUAAUGAGUAAAUAUAAAUUUCUUUUUCAAUUAUUUUGGAAAUUCUAACAACUAAAAUAAUUGAUCACUUAAAUAGAUAUAAGCUUGAUUUUUGGAUUUAUUAUUUUUAAUCUUAUAAGACCUUUUGUUUCACAAAAAUGUUUGUAUGAAACAAAGAACAUUUUUUUUCAACAAAAUGUUCACUUAUUACUAAAACAUAUUAAAUUAAUAACUUGAGAAUAUUUCUGGAGAUGUUUAAUAAAAUAUUUGUAAAAUCUCGCAUUUUAUAACAGAAAAAAACAAACAAACAAAUGUGAAUAACUUCUAAUACACUAAUUUCUUUUUUAUAACUAUUUUUAAAAUUAAAAAUGGGUUAUAGUGUAAGAAUAAUAGUGAAAAAAUAGAUUCUUAUUUUUCAUUUAAUAUUUAAAUCUUUCUGCAGACCUCAGCAAUUGGAAUUAACUGCAAUUAAUGAAAUGAUUUUAAUGGAUAACAUUGAUAUUUUUAAAAUGAAUGGAUUUGACUUUGAAUUCCAACCAAAUGGUAAGUUCUUUUUCAAAUUAAUAAUUUAAAAAGAAACAUACGUCACACAAUUGGUAGGCUACUGUUCUAAGUGAGAAUUUCAGAAGGUUGGAGAGGAAAAAUUUAAUGUAUAUCUUUAUGCAACAAUUAAUCAUUGCUAAUGAAAAACGAUUCUGGGCGGAGUAUAAUUAUACAUGUUUUAAGUUCAUAAUAUUUACAAUUUGAAAAUAAUAUAUUUUGUAAAUUUUCACAUUUAUGACGAAAACACCUGGGAAAAUUAAAUGAUUAAAUGAUUUCCAUAAAAUACCACCCCAGAUAGAUUUCCUUUCAAGAAAAGUGCUACGCUUGAAAAUCUGAGCAAGAUUUUUGGUAGGAAAGUUGUUCACAAAUAAAAAAAAAUAAGAGGAAAAAACUAAAACCAACACAUUCCUGCUCCUCUCAGUAUCUAAAAUAAUACCUGUGAGCAUUAGAUUCAAAUUUUCCCUUUAUACAGUUUUAUAAUUUCUUUUAUUUUUAUAAUAAUUUUUUAUUUAAUAAAAAAAAUAUAUAUUUAUGUAUACAAAUGUUGGUUGUUGAAAAUUGAUAUCUCCAAACUCUAAUUAUGUAAAAAAUGUCUUCACCUAGUUUCAUUUGGGAGUCUAUAGAGGUGUUCAAGACUAAAAAACAAACAAAAAUCAACCACACAAACAUAGAAAAAUUCUGAUUUAAAUGUAUAUUCACUUUAAUCACUCUAAUAGGCUUACAUACAAUUUUAAUUUCUGAGUUUUAGCCAAAAGAAAGUCGCUAGAUAUGUUUUAAAGUCAUUUCCCAUUUAUAAAUAGACCUGGUAAUAAUAAUAACAAUUAUGAAGCCUAUAUAUUUAUAUAUGCAAAACUACUGUUGCUAUUCAUUUUAAGGAAAUUUCCGCCUUUUGAGUAGAUAGAUAUCAGAUAUCAUUGAACAUCUAAAAAUUCUGUUCCUAUUAACCCGUAAUUGUGAAAUAGACUUAAAAUUUGUUUUCAUUCUGAUCUGUUGACUUUUAUUACAAUGAAAAUGGAGAGAAAUUUGAUAAUACACUUUUUACACUUUGAGCAAUAUGUACAAUAAUUUAUUUUUUUAGCACAGACAACAAAAAAAAUUAAAUUAACCAUGAUUCCCAUGAGUAAUAAUUGGAGAUUUGGUAAAGAAGAUGUAGAUGAACUACUGUUUAUGUUACAAGUGAUUAAUCAAUACUUUACUUUCAAUUACUAUUAUUGCUAUAAUUAUUUUAUUAUUUAGGAUGCUCCAAAUACACUUUGCAGACCUUCUAGAGUACGCUCAAUGUUUGCAUCUCGUGCUUGUCGCAAGUCAGUAAUGAUUGGUUCAGUAUUAAACAUGAAUGAUAUGAGAAAGCUUAUUGAUCAUAUGGGAGUGAUUGAACAACCUUGGGUAAGUUUUAACUUCAAUAAUGGUUAAAUUAUUAUAAUAAUAACAUGUUCUUUAACACAUAUAUAUAUUUAUGUAUUAUUUAAUAUUAAUUUUAUUCAAAUUGACUUUGAAAUGUAAUUUCUAUCAAAUUUAUCUUAAAUGCUAUUUUUUCAAUAUUGCAUGUAAUAAAUUGUAUAAAACAUAUUAGUUAGGUAUCUUACAUUUUUUGAAUAAAUGUUUAUUUUUAUUAAUUGACUUAAGAACAAAAUUAUGCAUUUUUUUUUUUCAGAAUUGUCCCCAUGGAAGACCAACAAUGAGGCAUUUAUUAAAUCUUUCAUUAUUAUUAAAUGAAGAUAUAAAAUGAAUAAAAUUGUUUCAUGUCUUUUGUGUACAUAAAUAUAUUUAUUAAAGAAUGACAAAAUAAAAUCUUUUGUUAAACAAAUAAACAAUUUUUUAUUAUUAUUUUUAUGAUUUAUGAAUUUGUACUAUUUAAAUUAUAAAAAUUAAUCCUCUCCAAAGAAAGAAAUUAUCUAUCUUGUUUGACAUUGUGCCAUUAUUCAACAACUAAUAGGUAAAUUACAAAUAUUAAAUAAUUAAAUAAGCUGUAAAAUUUACGGUUAAUAAUAAACACAAAAUAUUUUUGGGCAUAAAUAUUACUCUAAUUCACUUUGGUUUAAACCAUUUGGGAGUCUUUCCACUGUUUGCUGUUGUAUUAUUUUGCUGAGAAGAACUAGCCUGUUGGCGUUGAUCAUCAAAUGUUCGACUUGGUCCUGGUUCUGUAUUAUGUGAACUUUCAUUAUUUGAACAGUUUGCAAUUCUUUCCUUUCUGU